AUGGAGGCCAGUUCCACCAGCCUCAAGAGGCUCAAGUUUGGAAAGCUGAAGGUGGUACGUCGGCGCUUGCUACAGAGGUAUGAGCAUCAGCCCUUCAUCUCCUGCCUGGCUGGUUUCUACAGCUGCCGGUGGAAGCGGUACCAGCGCAGAAGGACCGAGCCUGGGAAAUGCUGCUGCAAGAUGCGGGAAUGCGUCUUUUUCCCAUUGCUUGUUGGAGCCUUCUGCUUUUCUCUGGUCUUUCUGUACAUGUGGGGUGAAGCGAAAAAUGACUACAAUAACUUUGACUGGUAUAACUAUGGGAAUCUGGGCUUCUGGUUUCUCUGGUCUCUUGUUCUCCUGAUUGUGGCUGCAAUCUUGUUCAUGUACAUCACCCUAUUAUUGGUCCUAGCGAUGUGUUUGCUUGCAGAAGGUCAGCAGCUGUACCUGCACUGGAGUCACAAGAUUGGGACUUUUCUUGUCCUGGGCUUCUCUGUCACAGCCCUCUUCAUAUUAUCAGUACUCUGGGGAGAUCAAUGGAAAACUGUCCGCCUGUCGUUCCAGAUCACAGCGCCCUAUCUCCACAUAGGGGCAAUAACCAUCAUGGUCCUCCUGUCCUGGCCUGUGGCUCUUCAUGCCAUCAGAGCAGAUAAGAAAGUUGUUCAGGUGAUAAUUGUUGGUCCAUACCUGGCUAUCCUUCUCUUUCUUUUCUUGAUACCUCUGGGGAUGUACUCUCCUUGCAUCAGAGAGAUGGGGACACUUGGACCAAAGCCAGCCCUCAUUGGACACCGUGGAGCACCAAUGCUGGCGCCAGAAAACACUGAGAUGUCAUUUCAGAAGACAAUUGAACAUGGUGGGGAUGGUCUUGAAACAGAUGUCACCAUUAGCUAUGAUGGGGUUCCUUUCCUCAUGCAUGACAGCACCUUGAGGAGGACAACUAACAUCAAGGAGGUCUACCCCAAUGACACUGCUCAAAAUGCUGCGUUAUUCUCCUGGGAUACCCUGCAGGAGUUGAAUGCUGGAAUGUGGUUCCUUAAGGACAAACCAUUUUCAUGCAUGGGCUCACUGUCAAGGGCAGAUCAAAACCAGGCAAUGAAUCAGUCAAUUUACAAGCUAAGUAAUUUCUUGCGCCUCGCAGACAGUCAGAAUAAACUUGUGAUAUUUGAUCUCUACCGCCCUCCAGAGAAACAUCCUUACAGGAACUCAUGGAUCAACAGAACCCUGGAAGUCAUCCUCAAUGAGUCGGGGAUUAGACCCCAUCUGGUCCUAUGGCUGGAGAACGACAUGAGGUCCUUUGUUCAAUCUGUUGCUCCUGGGUUUCAGCAGACAAUGGGCAGUAAGGCCUCAGUUGAAGACCUAAUGAUGGACAAUAUUGUCAAACUCAAUCUGGCCUACACUGAAAUGUCCAGUGAGGAUAUCCGGAAAUAUGCUGAGGCAAACAUCACCACCAACCUCUACGUGGUCAAUGAGCCCUGGCUUUUCUCCCUGGCGUGGUGCUCUGGGGCACACUCUGUGACCACCAAUGCCGUCCACACGCUGAAGAAUCUCAGCCAGCCACUCUUCCUCAUGACUCCGCAGCAGUACAACAUCAUGUGGAUCCUGACAGAUCUGACCUCUGUGCUCCUCAUCUCACUCAUCUUUGCUCUGCACUGGUGGCGAGAGCAGAGUUUCUCCUGCUGUGCCCAUGACGGUGGCCCGAUGCUGGAGAGCGGCACCUACAACAAGUUCAGGACAGAGCUCAGCGACAUGCCUGCCAUCACGGCCUGA